AAAUGCCACGUUUAUUGGUACUCACUACAACAGUCUUCGCUAUUCUGGGAUGCGCUCUGGCCAACAACAGAGCAGCCGUCUGUCAGAAGGCUGUAAAUUUAGGGGUGACGUUCUACACGGCCAAGGAGAUGGAACCGAUUCUCGCAUGCGCCGAUACUCAUUUCUACAAUGACCCAAAAGAUCCGGAGCUUGUGUCCAAAGCCAAGACAUGUGUGAUCAACAACAGUAUGAACAAGGCGAUCGCUGCAAUGAAUCUGUACAGCGGGUUCAACGGCUGCACAAACCUCUCGGAUCUUGUCUCAAAGCUUGCCACACCAUUCAUAAACCUUUGCAAACCAGUUAUCAACAAAGCCCUAUCCACCUUGGACACCUGCAAGGCUAACAAUAAGCAAACAGGCAAUGCCAAACAGACCGCCUGUAUGAACAAAGUAUACACAAAUUGUAUUGCAAUGGUCACUAAACAGUUUGUCAAUAAAGUGUGCACUGGGUUGGCUAAGAAAAUGAACGCAAAAGAGUGGAAUUGCUGCAAGACUUAUGUGCCAAAGGUCGCCGAUGCCAAGGCAUAUAAGUGCUACAGUAUUGAGAAGUGAAAAUUAUAAUACUUUUUGGAGAAUGAAUAAAAAUGUAGUUCAUAUUGAACCCUU